AUCACCGACGGUACAGCCAUCUUUAUUGUGGAGCUCCUUGAAAGACUAUUGGUCUGGAUUUAGGCUCCACAUCACCACUAAGCAACAGGAUUACCAUUGAGGAAUCCUGUGCAGUCAUACAAGCUUCAUGACCAAGCUGAAGUCAGCUAAUGGAUGAGAAAGAAAGACAUGAAAAUGGGGUUGAGCCGUGUGAUGGAGGACAUUCUUCGAAAACAGUGGAAAGUGGAAGUUCUCUAGAUAUUCCUGAAGUUUCAGAUGAAAAUGAAAAUCAAAUUUGUAAUGUUAAAGUCGAGGCUGUGGCUGGUGGCAGAAACAUGAGCGGACCAUCAGAAGAGGUUGAGGACAGUGUUAAUAAUAAUAGGACUAGUCAGUGUUCAAAUGGUGGGACAGUGAUUUUCAGCUCUGGAAAAAAUUAUAAGGAAGCAGUUAGUGAUGAGACCACCAGGACUGCUGAUACUAAUAGUAACGUGAUGGAAGAGCCUGUUUCUUUAAAUACAAAUGAAACGCCUUCAGAAAGUAGACAAGACUGUAGACACACAUCAGGUAGUACUGCUCUGCUGCUUCCAGGUAAUGUUUCUGAAAAACGUAUGGUACAAGAAGACAGAAGUCUGGGGGUCCAUGGCAACUGUCUGCAGCCUGAUGGAAGGAAGUACCUACAAACCUUACAGUCCCUUAUGCAGCAAUUGUCUCAGAAAACUGAUACUAGCAUUCUACCGCAUUGUCUCCAUCAGAUAGCAGAGGCAUAUUUCCAAGAGCAGAAAUAUGAAAAGUCCUUACAGGUUAUUCAGCUGGCAAAACUCUAUCAUGAACAACAACUUGUUAAACUUUGUGCAUUGCAGAAACAAUGGGAAGCCAAGUGGAAUUCAUCUGAACCCUGUGAAACAACUUUUUGGUAUUCAGUAAAUGACCUUUCUAAUGACGAGUUAGCAAAUCGUGUCAAGCAUUUUGUAUCUCAAAGGACAGCUGCUACUGCAAAUAAGUUUGAAUCUGCAGAGACUUCCUUGAGAAGCAGAGGUGAGUCACUUCUGAACACAGCAGGGGAUCACACGGAAAGUUCCACAGGUGCUCUAUCUGCUGCUACUGUUUACAUCUCAGGGAGUGAAUUAGAUCUUGGGACAAACCCAAGAGAAAAGCGUGUUCAUUCCCAGCAGGUAAUGUCACAGGACUUGCUUUGCGAUGCUGAGAUUGCCUGCAGAGAACCAGCAGGGAAUGCAUUUUCUGUAGAAAAUGAAUGCAAGGAGGGUCCUUGCAGUGAUGAAUCAUCUGCUGAGGCCCACACCCAGUCAGCUGAAGCAGUGGGCCAGCAUUACAUUGACUGCAGCCCUCUUGAAGACGAUGUUAAAGGAAAAAGCUGUGCACGUGCACUGAUACUGGAUGUCUGUCAAGGUAUGCUCACAGCAGACGCAGCAGAAAUCUCUGAGGAAAGGAAGGAAUUUUCAGAUCAGGCACAGUUAGCUGCUGCCACACUUGUUACUGAAGGCGCUGAGUAUGCAGUACAGUUUCCUUCUGCUAACAGUGUUCCUCAGGCUAGUUUAAGAGACUCUUAUGAACGACUUUCAGAAUCACCACACCCAGCUGCUGAAAGUAACAAUGUGGUGUCUAGCCAAGACACAAACUACUCUGCUCACCAGUUAAGUGGUAAGAAUGGAUUUUUGCCUGUGGAAUGUGAAAAAAAACUUCAAGAGGUUACAGAGAAUACAGAGCUUACAUACAUUUCAGAGGGUCAGAUUUGUACAGAAUUUAGUGGCAACUUUGAGGAGUCUCUAGAGUUUAUUCACAGUCAUGAAUCCUUUCUUGAAAUCAGCACUGAAGCUUUUCUUUACAACAUUGAUGAUGCUGUAGCAUUUGGGGACAGUACUGUUUCACUGGAUGACCUCGCAAAAAGGAUAGAAAUUGAAGAGAGUACCCCUGCGGAGGGACUUACGUCCAUACUGAAGAAAAGGCAAGCAGAUGAAGGAGAGCUUAUCAGCCAGUUCCAGCAAAAGCAAAGAAAACGAAGAGUUAGGUUUGUAGAGCCUGAAGACACCUUUGAUCAGGACGAAGUAGGUAAUGACUCAUGUCUACUGCUUAUCCUAUUGUGUAUAGCAACAGUUUUCCUUAGCAUUGGAGGGACGGCCUUGUACUGCAGUUUUGUUGAUGUGGAGUCAAGCAUGUGUACAGACUUCUCAAACAACAUGGAAUUCUACUUCAGACAGCUACAGAUCGGAAUAGAGGAACUGAGGCAUUGGGCCUCUCGCUCAUAGCAGUUAUUCACACCUUGUUUUCCUGUCAGCAGUAUCCUGUGGGUUUACACGCAGUCUUACACAGCACAUAGACUUUCUUGUAGCAGUUGUGCUCUCAGACUCAGUUUAGUCUUAUCUUCAUGCCUCCUAAAGCACUGAAAGGACAUUGCCUUGUAAACGGGAGAUGUACAUGCAAGAACAGAAUUUUGUGGCUGAAGAAAUGAAAGUAAAAAGAAAAAAAAACAACCAAGAGUUUUAUAGUUGUAUUUUUUGAACGUGAUCAUCUAUUAAUGUAGCAGAAUUAUGUAUGUAAAAAAUUAUUUGAAUGUAUAUGGUAAUAUUUAAGUCAUGAAACAACCUCAUCAACAUCUAAGAAAAUUUUGACAGCUAUGGUAGAGUCGUCAGAUAGUCCUCUCUGCAGCAGUCUGGACAAUAAUUGCACAUCAAAAUGACAUGCAAUAAGUCUGUGUUUUUAUGCUGAAUAUUUAUCAUCUUUUCUUAGUCUGUUUUUAAUAUGUCUUAUAUUUGAAGUCCUUUUAAAAGUUUUGUGGAAAUCCUGUGAGAUUGAUUUUGCAAAAUCAGGAAGAUUGGGUGUUAUUGUAGAAGACUUGUACUAAAAAGACCCAUUAAUGAUGAUUUAAUCUAGGUAAUGCAUGUAGUUUGAUGGGAAUGCUACCUCCAGGACCUGAAGUCCAUUAUCUUUGUAAGUCUUUCAUGUAAGGAUAUCAUUUCAGAAAAAUUUAGAUUGUCUUAUAGUUAUUUGCACAUGUACUGGUACUGCUUUCCUUGUUUUACCCUGCUUUGUCUCUUGUAUUACCUACUCUGUUCACAGGCAGACCAUCACAAGGUCCACAUUGACUUCCUCAUUGCUCUCCGGCUUGUCUUCUCAUGGUCUUCUCAAUUAUUCUCCUUUUCACUAUGCAAUACUUGGUGCUUUUGUUAACCUGUUUUUGCUUUUUGUUUUUUUUACAGACGAAGUAGGUAAUGUCUCCUGUCUACUGAUUAUCCUAUUGUGUAUAGCAGCAGUUUUCAUUUGACUAACCAUGUGUAAUUGCUAACAGCACAUAUGUGUUCUUGCUAUAGGGUGAUAAGGACCUUAAUAUCCCUUUCAGAGGAAAACAAAGGAAUAUGGAAUAGUUUUAUUUCAUAAAAAAGCUAAAUUGUGUGUGACAUGAAGCAGUUUGGGUGAAAAAAAAAAGUCCACAGGUAUUUUGAGUGCAGCUUUGACAGCUUCAUAGAGCUGAUAAGUAUACAAAGUAAGAAUUGUCCUGUUUGCAUCUGAUUGUUAAGCUGUAUCAUAUGGGACUACAUGCAUGCACAUGCACCUUUAUUUUGAGGUGCAACCAUUGUCCACAUGCCCCUUGCACCAAUGACAUUAGAGUUGGAAGAGUGUGUGUGUGGGGGGGGGCGGCAGAAUGACACAUGAUGAUUAUGUGAGUUAUUGGCCUCCCCUGGAUGUAAAACAUUUGAAGUACUCCUCUUCCUCAUUAGACUGGCAGAUAAGUCUUUUUUUGGUACUAUGCAGUACAUUUUGAAAGCUGCUCAACAUUUAUAUUGCAUUGUAACAUUCCUAGCCUAAAACUAUUGUCCUGGAAUUAAACCCGGAGCAUUUGACAGGAGUUGUCAUUUUCAUUUCUUUUUUCUUGUGGGCAGUAACUUUUCUUACUAAUGGACCAUGCCAGCUAGAUUGCUAACAUUCACACAGUUUUUCUUUCAUAAGGUUAUCUCUACAUGAUCUUAGUCACAGUCUAGCAUGGUAUGUGCCACUAGGAGCAUUUGUCUGUUGCUGACAUGAGAAGUAUGUUUCUCAUAUAGCCUGUGGCUCAGCAGCACACUUUUCCUGACAUGGGCAGACGCAGGGACAAGUGUGAGGGAAGGAUAUUUUGAGGAUACUGAUUUGAUGAUGAUCAGUGGUUAGCAUCUCUUAGGUGACCAAGGGUAGAAUUAAAAAGUGUGCAAAUAACUACUGCCUCCCUUGUUGUCAUAGAGAACACCUGUACCGUAGUCAUUCUCACUUGAAGUUCCUCGCAGAAUAUGUUUAGGUCGUGAGGGGCUUUUAUUAAGAUACUGACUGUAGUUUGCUGGCAUGAAACUACUGGCUUUCGAGCCCAGGACUGUACCACAGUAGUUUGAGUUUGUUUGUGUGUGUGUGUAUUUCUGUGUGGUACUGGCUGGAUCAGUACUUGCUAUAAUAUGUGGUAGGUUUAUUUAUUUAGAAUAGGUACAUUUGAAAUUAAUUUCUUUUUUAAUUAAGUGUGAUGAGUACAUAUUUGGUCUUUGCAGUAUUUAUAAUUGUAUAUAUGGUUCUGUUUUCUUUUCAUAUUUUAAAUUGGGUGCCCCAGUCAUAUUCUGUUUUAAUGUUUGUUUUGUCUUUAUUUUUAAACACUUUUCUUCCUAAUAGAACAAAGAUUUAACAUGAAUGCCCAAAAGAUUAAAAGAUGCCUUGUACCAUAAUUUGGUCAAUCAGUAUAUUUAUUUUCAGAAAAAAUUGUUUUUAUCUCAUGUGUCUAGUACUCUAUCUGAAUACUGUUCAUUAGAUGCUAAAAUCUGUACAAACUAUAUUACUUUACAUAUAGCAAAAGAUGUAAAACAGUGAUAAACUGAUUUUAAGGAAAA